AUUAUGGUAAUGGAUCAAGAGGUUACAAUAAUAGAUCAAAAGAUCAUAGUGAUAGAUCAAAAAGUUACAGUAGUGGAUCAAGAGGUCAUGGUAGUAGAUCAAGAGGUUGUAGUAAUAAAUUAAGAUAUUGUGGUAGUGAAUCAAGAGGUCACAGUAAUGAAUUGAG